AUGCACCCUGCUCAGGGCUGUUUCCGACUUGGAAAUCGGUCGAGGUACCCAGGUGGCCGCUUUGACGGCGAUCGUCGGUCACGGUCACCUCGCGAUCGGUCACCAUAUGGCGACCGAGGGGAUCGUGGGCCGCAGUACCCCGAUGCCGACCGUCGGCGCCCACCCCCGGAUUCUCGGGGCAACCCACCGGGGUUUCCUCCCAGCCGGGACAGUUUCCGCGAUUCCUUGUCGGGAAUCCAACCUCCUCGCGGGCCCAAGGCGCUAAUCGAUCCUCCCAGCGGUCCCCGCGGCGGCGGAUUUGCUGGAGAUUUCCGGGGAAGGGGACGAGGCGGAGGCCGUGGCCGGCAGUGGCGCGAUGACAGCCGCGAUGGGGGACGCGACCGUGAAGAUUACCGAGAUCGACCACAUUUUAGGGACGAACGAAGCCGCGAACGAGAACGAGUACACGACCGAGAGCGGGAGCGGGAUUGGCAGCGCGACCAACGCGAUCGAGUCGACUUUCCUCGCGCUCGGAGGCCUUCGCCGCCCCUGCGAGCACGGUCCCCACUCCCGAGCAGAGAUUUCAGGGAUGUGAGAGACGCGCCAUUAGGGGUAGAUGCGGAGCGCGCGAGACGGGGUUCAAGGGAUGGGCCGCUCUCCGCGGGCUCUUCUAAUUCGGAUCCCAUGUUUGCUCCGUCGCCCUUCCGUGGCGCAUUUCGCGGCGCUGGGAGAGGGGCUGGCCGGGGCCGUGGGGAUUGGGACCAGAGAGGCGGCAGAGACAGGGGCAACUUUUACGAUGAUCGAGACCGUUACCCACGAAGUCGGUCGCAGGAAAGCCGAUGGGGACGGGAACCGGAUGAUCGGGAUCGUAGAGACAGCAGGUACCCGGACCUGGCCAGGGACCUUCGCGAUGACCGCGAAAUAAGGGAAAGGGAAAACAGAGAGCGGGAGCUCAUCCGCCCGAAGCCUGACCGGGUUUCACACGAACCACCGUCUGCAAAAGAUGUCUCACCCCCGCCCCUCGCCCCCUCCGCACCCGCUUUUGGUUCCGUCCCAAGCCGCCAGGCUGCAUCGACCGAAAUCCAGUCACUUACGGGGAAGCCGCCGCCCACGGGCCCGAGAGCACUAACGGAAGAGAGACCCGUUUCCGCCGGCCAUGGGGUGGGGAAUGAAAGGCCACCGCCGACCGGCCCGUCCAAGCCCGUGCUACCGGACGGUGGCCCUCCCAUCCCCCUCGGUCCCCGUGCGCAGCAAAAGCAGCAACGCUCUAACUAUCGAGAUUUCGACAAGCGCCCACGGAGCCCUGGGGCCCGGUCAGACUCACACGCUCUAGCCGCUGAGCGAUAUGGACCCCACGUCGCAACCGGGCCGAACGAGAUUAUGAUUAAAUCGGAGCGAGGUUCACAAUCGGCUAGGACGUCGGUUGAUCGCGAGACCAGAACAGCCCCCAACAGCGCCGACUUUAAAAUGGGAGGCAUGGAUACGGAACAACCGCCCCGCGAGCAGGAAGCCCGCCCAAGCGAACCAGCGGCAGCCCCAAUCCCACCGAAAUCUAGCGACUUUCAGGCCGAUGGCCCGAAGGAGCAUAUCCCACCGCCCGAAUCUGCGAAGAAAAGGCCCACCAUUCUCGCUGUUCCGUUCUCUCGAGUCCGAUUGCCAGCGAGGGAAACAUCGCCCGUUGCGUCCGAUGAAUCUUCUGAAUCCGAUGACGACGAGGAUAUGGAUGUCUACUUUGAGCGGGAAAUAUCCAAAGCAGAGGCGGAGCUUAAGAAGCUCAAGGAUGCCGUGGAUAAGGUCCCCGUUGGUAUCGUUAAGCGAUACGCGACCGCAGUGCAUGAGUCUAUGCUUGGUGUGCUUAACGACAGCGUGAGGCUGGCGGAUCUGGCCGGACCCAUCCCUGACAACUUCACGUUCCCUCGCCCGAAGCCUGGGACAGAGGUGGUCGGCAAGGAGAUGCCCGAUGCCGAACCACAAGUGCAGGAGGACCACGGAAAGGCACAAGCGACCCGCGAGCCCUCGGCCAUUCCAACGGUGGAAGCCGACGACAGCGCAGUUCACCCACCCGAGCCUCUGCCAAAGGUCGAGGAAACCGAUACAGAAGGCUUAGGAUUGCCCCCUGCGCCAGCUCUCGGGGAAUCGAAACCGUUAAACGAAGACGUUGACAUGCAACAUGACACAGAGCCAAAACCAACCGCUGCGCCGGAUUUGACAAGCGGCCCGCCGGCUGCCGCAGAUAUUCCGGCGUUCUUCUCGCAUCCGUUCGAGCGGCCGGAGACCGAGCGGAGCAGUGCAUCACCAGACGAGGAGAGCGAGGACAGGACCGAGGACGACGCGAGCAUCUAUGGGAGCAUCGAAGUCGUCAGGGAGUUUUCCGCCACCCCGCCUACCGAAGAUCUCCCGAUCUACAACGUCAAGCCGUGGUUUCAAAGCCGCCGCGUCCAGAAGUUGGCCGAUGAAUCCAAUGAGUUCGGCAACUUUCUGUUUCAGCGCCUUCAACGCCUGGCUGAGGAUACGCAUUCUGCUCAAGACGACAUACGACGCGAGUAUGUGAAGGGCUAUGAUUCAUAUCUGCGGUUCACUCAAUCGGAUGAUCCGGCCGCGGUCAGAAGUCGUGAGUCCUUCAAUAGCUCUGGUGCGCAACCGGGGACCUCUGGUAGGGCGGCGAGCUCAGACUCCAAGCCUGAAGGGGGCAGAAGAGGAGGAGGCCGUUUCGCAACCGAACUGGACCUCGAGGCGGCGAUAAAGGAGUCUAUUCGGGAGCAUCGGGAAAGAGAGGAAAGAGAGGAGAGGGCGCUCAAGGAGAAGUACCGCACCGAAAAGGAGGCCGUUAUUCCCGAAAUGUUCUGGACAGAUGAGGAACGGGAUAAGGUUUCGUUUUACGAUACGGCCGGACUGCAGCCCCUGGAGAAACUCGUUGCGACCUGGCAGGUCGUGCCUGGCCAUGUCAACUUCAGCCAGGAAGAGGCGGAGAGGUUCGAAAAGGCAUACCUGGAAACCCCCAAACAAUGGGGCAGGAUCUCCAAGGAAGUGGGGAAUCGCGAUCCCGGUACCUGCAUUCUGUACUACUAUGCCAAGAAGCGCGAUCUCAACCUCAAGGAGAAGUUGAAGAAGCAGCCUCGACGGCGCAAGAAGGGCCGAGGGAAACAGCGAUCUAGCGCGUUAGUGUCUGAGCUCGGCAACACGGAAAAUGAGACAGAGGACACAGCGGGCCAGGAAACAGGCGAGAACGGCGAGCGCCGGCGUCCGCCCCGUCGCGCUGCUGCACCGGUGUGGGGGAACGACGCGACGCCGAAUGCAGACUCCGACGGUGCUACUCCUGCCCCAACCCCCGGUCGCCGCAGAGCUGGCACCACGGCCGAGGGCAAGAACGACGGCAUUGCAGAGAAGUUGGAGGGCAAGCGCGGCGGCGGGCGUAAGCCACGUCAACCAAAGGCGGACAAGGAAGCCAAAGGGCCAAAGCAACUGGCACAAGCACCCAGUGGCGCACCGCUCGCCGUCCCCGGCAAAACAGGCAGGUCGCGGGCCAACUCCAAGGCACAGGGUACCGACUGGAUGUCGCCGCAAACCCCCGUUGAUCUAGCGGCUCGGAUACCACUUCCGUUCGAGGUACCCCACACGGGGAUGCAGCCGCCGCUGGUUCCGGUCCAGCAGACACCGUUGGCAAGCCCCGAUCGAGCAGCGCCUCCGAUGCCGUCCACCAUCUCUGAAGUCAUGGCUCCGCCGUCUCUCCGCCCCGAACCGCCCCCGCCGCCCGCUUCCGUCCCCACCUUUGAGAUCUCUCAGCCAGCCGGACCAGACCGCAUCCGGACCCCCCAGCAAGCGUCGAGCUACUGGAGCGUAUCGGAGACGACCGACUUCCCUGGCCUGCUCCGCUCGUUCGGCACGGAUUGGGUCAAAAUUGCCAAUCAUAUGCAGACCAAAACUGCAACCAUGACAAAGGAAGGCGGUAAACCGGAGUGGGAGCAGCUGGCCAUGGAGGCCGACGCCAAGGCCCAGAGAGGCGAGAAGCGACCCGCGCCGCCGACGCCGACACAAGGACCGCGGAAGCGAUACGACGUGUCGUCCACCGGACACCGGCCCUUGGCUGCCGCCGAGCCAGAGGAUGCAAUGCUAACAAAGGUUGAACCACAACAAAACCAGCCUUUCUCGCGUUUCCAGGUCCCCAUCGCGCAGGCCGCCCCGGUUUCGCAUCCGCUUGUCCAGCCGACACCGACUACGAUGGCUACGCCCCUAGCCGCUGCCACGGCAGCACAGCAAGCACCGGCGAGCGGUUCGACAGUAACUCCCACCAUAUCUCCGCAUACACAUCCUCUCCGACCCCCGAAUCCCGCGUAUCCGUACCCAGACAGAGAAAUAGAGGCCCCGACGCAAACCCCACCGAUUCGCAUCUCUCAGAAGCCCGUCCCCGCGACCACCGCCAUGCCAUCGAGUUCGGAGCCCGCGCCGCGCCCGGCCCAAUGGGCAACAGAUAUGGGUCAACAAUUCUCGCUGCUGUCACAGACAAAGGAAGCCCGUGUAGCACGCGACGCCCGGGAGCGGCAGCGGUUGGAACACGUUCAGCGGGAGUCCCCUCGGCCGGUGGAAAGGGCGCCUCUGCGGAUGAAGCAAGAACCCGAACCUGCGCUCCACCACCCCGAAGCAUACCCACAAUUCCAACCUCAUCCGCGUGGUGUGUCUUCACGGAUGGAAACGGCGCGCCUUGGGAGACAGCCAGAGCCAGCUCGGACCGCCGCACCACCUCCGCAAUCUUAUGCACAGCCCAUCCACGCGCAACCCAUGCGGAGCAUGCAUGGCGAACCUGUGCAAGCAUCCCAAAUGCCCCCCGCGAACGAACGGCCCAUGCCGAACAUGCAGCGACAGCCACCAGUCUCGAUACAAGAGCAGUAUGGCGCCGUUCCCGCAUCCGCUCCCCCAGCACCUCCGCCCCAACCUCAGACGCAACCUGCCCCGGCUGCGCCUCGUGCUCCUGAGCGCAAAGUUAAUAUCAUGUCGUUGCUCAACGAUGACGAUCCGCCGCCGCCGAAGAGGGUCAGCGAAGUGUCUACGGUGAAGCGAAGCUCGACGCCACAACCGCUGGUCCGUCAACCAACCUCCGCGCCGCUACCACCACGCAGGGAGGUCGAGUCGGGAUACCCGUACACCCGCGGCCCCGCUCAAGCGCCACCAUCGGCAAUUCCACCGCUCAAGCCGUACCACACCCAGUCACCGCAGCCACAGCACAUGCGGGUGCCGAGCACGGGGAUAACGGGUAUGGAAUCGUCUGUAGAGGCACAGCGUGACUACUAUGCGCGGCAUUCAUACCCAGCUCAGCAACACGCGGCCAGCGCGUCGAAUUCGCCACAGUCACAGCAGGCGCCAUACAGCCAACACGGGCAGCACGGGCAGCACAUCCAACAACAGCAUGCGCAGCAGGCCCAGAUGGGUUAUCAAGGCCAGCAGCCGUAUCAGCCUUACCAGGUCAGCCAACCGCAUGCUGCGUCUCCCACACCGCAGUAUGCUCCACAUCCGUCCAUGUCGGGCAGGCGAGAGGCGCCGCCGUCUGGGCCCAGCAGCAGCAUCAACAGCAGCAACAACCAGCAGCAGCAGCAGCAGCAGCAGCAACAACAGCAACAGCAACACCACCCGCACCAGCACCAGCAGCAUCCAUCACAGUCAGGCUGGCCGCCCUCUCACCAAGCGCCCCCGAAAGUCUCGCAGCCCGUGCCAGCGCAAUCAGCCUGGGGCGCCCAACAUGGCAGUGUCCAAGCCAAACCGUCUGUCAGCAGCCCACUCCCACCACAGCAACACCACACCUGGCCAACCUCAGGCCCAGGCCCGCAACAACCUCACCCUCUCAGCUUACGCGAGUCCCGCGGGCCCUCGGUCUACGACUCACAGAGUCCUACGACAGGCAUGCCCCCACAUCCGCAUCACCAACAUCAUAACUCGCUCGGCGGCGGACGGUACGGCCCCGGCCCACACCAAGACGGCGUCCGGCGAGGCGAACCGCAACACCCGGCCACAGCACAAACCGGUGGCGGACAGCCACCCUACGCGCGGUACACCAACACCCCAGGCACGGGGCCCGCGCAGCAGCAGCAACAGCAACAGCAGCAAGGGCGUGACCCGGCACGGACCUACACCCCCGUCUCGGGCGGUUUCGAUCCCCGCGGGCCGCCGCCACAACCCCAAUCCGCAUCGCAGCAGUCGCAGCAUCCGAGCCAAGCUGCUCAGCAACAGCAACAACAACAACAACAAUAUGUAGCCCAGCAACAGCACCAACACCAACACCACCAACAGCAGCAGCAACAGGAGGCGGUGAUGCGUGAACAGAUGCGGGAGGCGCAUAUGAGGGAGAUGCAACUGCGUGGGGGGACGGUUAGCGGACGGGAUCCGGCCGACCAGGGAGGCCCUGCUGGUGGUGGUGGUGGUGCUGGGGGAUUGUUGGCGAGACAGCUCCGGCCUGGACCGGAGGGGGGUCUGCAGGGGCAGGGGCCGGGGCAGGGGGGGUUGUAUGAUCGUGGUGGGGAGGGGAGGAGGUUUUAG